AUGCGUCAUUCUCUUGCCAAUGGACGUUCCACAACCACCUGUCCCUCGGGUGGAAAUUGUGUUAUCGCCAAGAGCAGUCGUGGACGGUGUCAACAGUGUCGGUAUAAAAAGUGCCUUGAGGUUGGUAUGAGUCUUAAAGACAUGGACACUCAAGGCGAGUUGGACAUCUCCAACAUACCAUGUCGAGUGUGCGGUGGACGAUCUUCCGGUUUCCACUUUGGUGCUCUCACCUGUGAAGGCUGCAAGGUGAGCAAAUUGGCAUGA